AUGAUUCGGUUCGCAGGGACCUUGUUCUAUCCCCAUGUGCCCAAAUCGGGUGGGCAAUGGCGGUUACCGGACAAGAUGCUUGGCCCCAGUAUUCGCGCCUUUGCCAUGAUGCUGUUUCUGUUGAGCACAAAUAUGCUCUACCUUGUAUUUCGCAUCGGCGGUGAAGCUUCCCUAUUCAUCUAUGCUGCCAACAUGUUCUGGAUGCUCAUCGUAACAUGCAGCAUCGGGCUGCUCGGCUGGCUUCGCGCGACUUCCCGGACAUAUGACAUGUCUACACAUCUGCUUGCUACAAUAGUGAUGGGCGGUCUUGGUGUAUUCUUGCCCUGA